CUAAUAAAAGGUUGUGUUUUAGGGUACUUUUGCCAAAGGUGGUAAAACUCUCCCUAAACAUUCAGCUGUGUGGGUGUGUGAUACUCUCACAUGAUGUCUGGAUUAAGCCCUUUUAUCCUGCGCUCCUACAUUAUAGGAUAUCUCUUCGUCUGCUCCAGUGCUUGGCGUGUUAUGAUGCCAAGCCACUUGAAAGGAUUGGUGGGUUCCUGCCUUGUCAUCCCUUGUAGGUUUGACUACAAUAAAUAUCCACCUCAGAGACCAGAUCGUGUUGUUUGGUACCAGUAUGUGAGUCGAGGAUAUCCUUUGGUUUAUGAUGACUGGCACCCAACUUAUGUCAUUGACAUAUUCCGUGGAAAAACACAAGCCUAUAGGUCUGGAUAUGGGAAGACAUGCAGCCUAAAGAUCGAACCACUGACCUGGAGUCAUCACAGACAGAAGCUUUAUCCCUGGGUGGAUCCAGAGAAUAUUGGGAAAAGCACCCAUGAAUUCUAUGAUACAACCGUAAUGAUUGAAGUAGUGGACACAGUAGAUCCCCCGAAUCUUCAAAUCUAUGGAGCCAAGAAGGUUGGACACUCUGUAGAUGUGCAUUGCUCUGUUUAUCACACCUGUCCCACUAAACCCCCAACUCUGAGUCUUAACAUCCCACAUGGAAACCAGGAUCGUACUGUCGAACUGACUGAUGGCACAUUCAAAACCACCUUGAAGGCCACUUUGCUCAUUGAGAAUGACUCUCAAAGAGUGGUGUGCUCUGUUCGAUACCCUACUGGUCACACUAAAAGCACCUCUAGCAACAUAAACGCAGAAUGUUCCAUUUUACCAUUGACUAUCAGCUCUACAUCAAAUGAAUUUCUUGAAGGAUAUCCAAGCAAAGUGAUCUGCACCGCCACAUACACAUGCUCUAAACAUAGGCCCACUCUGACAUGGAGCUAUGGUAACAUGCCAACCUCCACUGCUACUACCAAGGAGGCUCAGUGGAAGACUGUCUCCACACUGACGUUCACAUCAUCAGCCAACGACCAAGGAAGAUCUCUGACAUGCUACGCAGUAUUCUCUAAUGGAGAGAGACAGGAAACGAGCAUCACCCUACAAGUCAAGAGAAAUAUGCUCUCUCGUGGUUGGUCCUUCUCCACUCCUAGCAGCUUAACAGGAUUAAAAGGGUCAUGCAUCGUCAUUCCUUGCAAAUUCACCUACGACAACAACAAGCCCUCUGACCUCCGAGUUUUAUGGUUCUUGUAUCAGAGCAAUCAAUACCCAGCUGUAUUUAACCCAAGAACAAGCAAUGUUAUUAGCAAAUAUAAUGGGAUAACCAGCCUGGUUGGAUCUGUGGCAGAGAAUAAUUGUAGUCUUAAAAUCGAGAGGCUGGAGAUGUCACACAACCAGGACCGAAUCUACCCAUGGAUAGAUAAGAACCCCAUUACUUCCUACCACACAAUGGGCCACACGUUUUAUGACAAAACCACUCAGCUAACUGUUGAAGAACAUGCACAGGAACCUCAGCUGAGCAUCAGUGGUAUCCCCAGGGUGGGAGAGCAGAGCACAGUGUCCUGCAGUGUGCGCCAUACAUGCCUAUCAGCUCCCCCGACCCUGACCCUAAAUGGUGUAACUGGAACAGACAACAUGGUGGACACACUGGUGUCUGAUGGGAUUUGGGAAAGAACCUUAGAGCGAUCGUGGACUGUAGAAGAAGAGAACCAGAAUGUGAAGUGUACUGUUAGCUACCCAACUGGAGGUCAGACAGCUGCAAGUGAGCUUCCACUAAAUGUUGAAUGUCCAUACGAAGAAAUCAAAAUGGUCGAACCACCAGGCGAGACAACAGAGGGUGUGGCAAAGAGUGUCAUUUGUUCUGUUACUUACAAGUGCAAGAAAAAUACUCCAACCAUCAGGUGGAACUACGAAGAGAUGCAGAGUUCAUUAAAAACCAAAAAGAUGCCUGACAAUAAAUACACCACAGUAUCAAAUCUCACUUUUAUUGGCUCUAUGGAUGAUGAUGGUAAACCUUUGACUUGCACUGCUAAGUUUGUUUCCGGAGAGACCUCAGACUCAGCCAGUCUUCAUAUAAAGAAAUACGAGAAACCAGUUGAUCCUCAUGAAAAUGACACGUUCUCUGUUCUGGUGGCCGACGUUCCCUUCAGAUUCAGCGCCCUGCCCCGGUCCUGUGUGGUGAUUCCCUGCAGUUUCCAACACGAACAGGACGAGCCUAUGACUCGAGGCAUUUGGUCCAAAAAAAAGGGGGGAGUUGUCUACCAUAAUGGUCAGAGUCAUGUACUUGACCACUUUAAGGGCCGAACCAGAAUGUUAGGAAAUUUGAAUGAGGGGAACUGUUCACUGGAGAUUGACGACAUCAAGCCCUUUGACAACGGGCCUUUCUGUUUCCAUGCUGAAAAAGGAGAUGACCAGUACAGAUUCAACAACAGCUGUGUUUUUGUUGUUAUGAAAGCUUCCCCAGGAAAACCAGAGAUGACCACAAUCCCAGCAGAAGUGGAUGCUGAUUCAACCUUGACCGUCUCAUGUUCGGUUACACACACAUGUCCGUCACAUGCUCCCCAGUUUUCAUGGAGUGUCCCCAGCAUCACCAGUGAUGUCUCACACACCUUGAUGUCUGGAGGGGUCUGGCAGACCACUUCAACCAUCACUUUCAGGGCUGCUGGAGUCAGAAACCUAACCUGUACUGCCACCUUUUGGCCUGAAAAUCAACAAGCCAGCACAGUCCAGCUGAAUGUGAAGGAACCUCUGAGCUUUACUCCAGUCAUUGCAGUCCCACUUGUAGUCCUGAUCCUAAUCAUCUUAGCUGUGGUGUUAGGAGUCUUCAUCUGCAGGAGAAGGAGGCACACUGAGGACUCAAUGAAACCACCACCUCGACCGGAGAAAAGGAGAUCAAUGUGGGACAGAUUGUCCAGGAGAUACGCUGAAGACAGGGAGAGACCCCCCAGGCCGGAAAAACGGAGGUCCUUGUGGAGCAGAUUUUCCAGAAUGGAGGACGAUCGCAUCUCAUGGCAAAAUGAGAGGAGACCCAGGAAUUCUUUCUGGAGCAGAUUUUCAAGGCGCCAAGACAACGUUGCGAACGUCAGCGUGGGCUAUUUAAACAACACCAACACUGUAAUCACCCACACCCAUGGCUCCAAGCCACGCUUUCCAUCCCCAAAGAAUAACCGGAAGAAGCCUCACAAUGUCAGGCCUGAGGACUACCAACUGUAUUCCAACAUGUGAGCUCCGAUAAGACGACUUCGAGACAUCUUGGAAAAUCUCGGGAAGAAGUCGCACGCUUCAGUGUUUCUUGCAUUUUCUUGCUUCUUCACAUCCAGACGUAGUAUACUGUCUAUCAUGUGUAUUUGAUUGUGGGGAAGACGGCGCAUUUAAAUUUGAUUUCCCUCAGGAAGAGCGACAGAUGGAGGCAGGAGAUUGUCUCCUUAAUUUAACCUUCGCUAAACUUCAUUUAAACUUCCUUACUUAUAUCAAACAGAACAAAAUGUCAUGGCUUAUAUUAUGGAGACUCUCAAUAAAUAUGCUUUUGCUUUAUGAUGCUAA